AUGCGCCUAACAAUUCUUCGUCCUCUUCUAUCUCCCAUCACAAUGCUCUGCCUCACUGCCAUUCUUGCCGACUUGUGGAAGUUGGGGCCGCCAGGAAACUUUGUUCUUCCGUGGAAGACCCUGAAUCCGCCAUCUGUACUGGCUCUACGACUAAAUACCCCUAUCCAUUUUCGUCGACCGCUGCUUCUAGCUUCUGCCGCAAAUCAACUGCCGCCCAGCUCUGAUCAGUCCCAACAUCAGCAUCUACAACAAGACUGUCAGUCUCAAACUCACAGUCUUCAAACGGCAAGCAUUCGGGCCAGUGCCGCCUUCAACCUGACCUCGCAUUUACACUUUCCUUACCAUCCGACACAUCUCCACUGGCCAUAUCACCACCAAACCCAUCAUCACCACUUGGAACGGCAUUGUCCGGUAGAAGAAAAACUCAUAUCUCGUUCUAAAGGUCUUUUUCAAUUCUCCCCAAAACAACUAGCCGAGCAGGUCACAUACCUUGAAGCGCAAAAAUACUAUCAACUAGAGGUUAGAAGUUUAUGUUUAAUUUUUUUCAAUAAACGUAUUUGA